CGCCCAUGUGGAGAGCCUCGCCUCCUGGCGCCCCGCCCACCUCGCUGCAGACAGCUGGCCGAGCGCUUUGUGCAGUUCGUGGCGCUCCGAGUGGACCCCAGAAGCCUGAAAAGCCAUCAUGGCAGCGAGGCCCAAGCUCCACUACCCCAACGGAAGAGGCCGCAUGGAAUCCGUAAGAUGGGUUUUAGCUGCUGCUGGAGUCGAGUUUGAUGAAGAAUUUCUGGAAACGAAAGAACAGUUGCACAAGUUGCAGGAUGGUAACCACUUGCUGUUCCAGCAAGUGCCCAUGGUUGAAAUUGACGGGAUGAAGUUGGUCCAGACCCGGAGCAUUCUGCACUACAUAGCAGAAAAGCACCAGCUGUUUGGCAAGGACCUCAAGGAGAGAACCCUGAUUGACAUGUAUGUGGAGGGGACACUGGAUCUGCUGGAACUGCUCAUCAUGCAUCCUUUCUUAAAGCCAGAUGAUCAACAAAAGGAAGUGGUUAACAUGGCCCAGAAGGCCAUAAUUAGAUACUUUCCUGUGUUUGAAAAGAUUUUAAGGGGUCAUGGACAAAACUUUCUUGUUGGUAAUCAGCUGAGCCUUGCUGAUGUGAUUCUACUCCAGACCAUUUUGGCUCUAGAAGAGAAAAUUCCUAAUAUCCUGUCUGCAUUUCCUUUCCUCCAGGAGUACACGGUGAAAUUAAGUAAUUUCCCUACAAUUAAGAGAUUCCUUGAGCCUGGAAGCAAGAAGAAGCCCCCUCCUGAUGAAAUCUACGUGAGAACCGUCUACAACAUCUUCAUGCCAUAAAAUAACCUGGCCAUCUCUGCUCGUUCCCAGAGACGGCUGUGUCUGCAGUGCUGUCUUAAUUGCUCUCAGCUCUAUAGUAGUGCUAUGGUUGAGUCGGGUCUUUCAUGUCUAGAUCUUCUCUUUGAAAAAUGCCAACCUUUUUUUGACCAGUGAAUAAUUGUUAUGGGACAUUUUUUGGAAAACAGUUUUUGGGAAGGCCAACACUUGAGUUAGAUCUGGUCAAGUUAUCAUGUCCUAUUUUAGUCCAUUCUGAUAAUUGGCAGGAUCCCAUGUUCUCCCCUGAGCUUCUUUCUCCUCUUUAUAUCUAAACCCCCGCUCCAGUCUUGUCCUGAUUUUUAGUGUCUAAUAACAAUUCAACUUCUAGUGAAUGACUCUGCUAAGAGCUAAAGUCAAAUGGUAGUAGUGAAUGCAGUUGAUAUUAGCCAAAAUAAAGAAUUUACCAAUUAUUGCCCUAU